GAUCACGAGAUCAUCCUUAAUAAAGGAGCUAAGUUGAGCCCAGGACUAAUAUACCCUAUAGCGCCCGAGCAUAAUGCUGAGCUGCGGGAUUACAUCCAAAAGAACUUAAAAAAGGGAUUUAUCCGACCGGGAUCAGGCCCGAUAGCCUCACCCAUCUUGUUCGUAAAGAAACCUAACGGGAAGUGGCGACUAUAUGUCGACUUCAGAAGAUUAAACAGCGUAACUUAG